GGUUCAAAAAGGAUAAUCACCGGCCUGGCUAUCGUAGCCACCCAAAAUGUAAUCAAAUCGUUGGCCACUGACUGCUCUCUGAGUAUGACUGGAGAUUCUGCUCCAGUGGAGAACACUGAGCGGUUGCUACCCUGUUGA